CACAGGUAUUAUUAUCAUAUGUAGUUUUGCAAUUCCAAUAUUGAAAAAUGGCCAUGCCAAUGGAACCCACCGUUGCUUUGGAUCCAAACACAGUUCAACAGCAGCAGGAGCAAGGAAAUAUCUACGGUUGUUUAGCUAAUUUUGAAAUCGACAAAAGGAUCGGUAAAGGACAGUUUUCAGAAGUAUUCCGAGCAAGAUGUAAAAUUGACAACAGUGUUGUUGCCUUGAAGAAAGUACAGAUAUUUGAGAUGAUGGAUGCAAAGGCAAGACAAGACUGCAUCAAAGAAAUAGGGCUACUUCAACAACUUAAUCAUUUAAAUGUGAUCAAGUACUUGUCCUCUUUCAUUGAAAACAAUGAGCUCAAUAUUGUGCUGGAGUUGGCUGAUGCUGGUGAUCUCUCUAGAAUGAUAAAGCACUUUAAGAAGCACAAGAGACUGAUUCCUGAAAAGACUAUAUGGAAAUACUUCAUACAAAUUUGCAGUGCACUAGAACAUAUGCAUAAUUGUAGGAUUAUGCAUAGAGAUAUCAAGCCUGCAAAUGUGUUUAUUACUGCUGAAGGAAUUGUAAAGCUUGGAGAUUUAGGACUGGGUAGAUUCUUCAGCUCCAAAACCACAGCUGCUCACUCUCUCGUUGGAACUCCUUAUUACAUGUCACCAGAGAGAAUUCAUGAAACAGGGUACAACUUCAAGUCAGACAUGUGGUCUCUGGGGUGUCUGUUGUAUGAGAUGGCUGCUCUACAAUCUCCUUUUUAUGGAGACAAGAUGAAUUUGUACUCCCUGUGUAAGAAGAUUGACCAAUGUGAUUACCCCCCUUUACCAGCUGACUGCUACUCAGAGGAGUUAAGAAACUUGGUGGCAUUGUGUAUCAACCCAAACCCAGAACAGCGGCCAGACAUAACCUAUGUGUACAAUGUAGCACAAAUCAUGCACGCCAGGCAUCAGUCGCAGCCUAGUAUCCAACAACAGGUUCAAAUGCAGCAGCAACAGCAGGCAUUUGAGGUACAACAACAACAACAACAGAUGUAUGCUCAACAAAUGCAGGAUCCUCACAUUCAACAACAGAUGUUUCUACAACAACAGCAGCAACAACAACAACAAAUGAUACAACAGAGCAUGCCAGGACAACAAAUUCCACAACAACAGAUGGUGAGCCAACAGAUGGCGGCUGCCUCCCAGAUUGAUGCUCAGUUCACAGAUCAACACCAGCAGGUCCAGGUUGUUGCUACAAUAGAGAUGUCACCUAUGAAUGACACUCAGAUGUGGAAAGUAGGAUGGAUUCAAGCUUGCACAGAUAUGAUGUUCCACAAUACUUACGGAGAUGAGGGAUAUACAAGCUGGGAGUUUCCAGAGCUGACCAGCGGACAGCAGUCAAUGAUAAGUGAUUGCGAUGGCCACCACUAUCCAUGGUACGGCUCCCGCAAUGAGACUGUCAUCUUUGAAGGACCAUGCAAAAUGUAUCAGUCUGCUACUAUUGCUAUGAAUGACAAUUUCCAUCCUCAUGUCACAUGGAGAAACCCAGCCAAUCGCAACCAAACAGAGCCCAACUUGUCUCACAUCUGCAGGGAUCAGUCGUUCUAUGUGUGGCUGGUAGCCUGGAACAUGUCGGAGCACAAGGCCUUCAUUUUGAAGACGGUGCGUUGGAACAUGUUUUUGGAAAUAACAGUUGAUCCUGCAAAACCACUGGGUCAAAGAGCAAAGCUAGUUAGUAAUCCUAUCCCAAAGCAGCCAGAUGUUCUGGAAAAUACAAUUCCAAUCCCACGCUGUGCCUUGAUGCCUCCCAAUGCCAACAGUGCACAACUACUGGUAUGGAAACCCAAAAUUGGUCCAGAAGUGCUCAUUAUUCCACCAGUGUGGAAAAAAGAUAAGCCAUUGGAAGAGCAAGUCAUUCGCUUUGACAGCAAACUUUGCAAACUCUAAAACUUUCAUCGUCUGACAUCAGUGCAAUAUUUUAUCUGUGAUCUCUUAAGUGCCUAAUAUAUAUCUUUUAUACAGAUUUUUUUUCUACAUUUGUAAAUUUUUUGAUUGAAUCUUUUAAAUUACAGCAAUUCUUAUAUUAAAUAUUAUCA